GGAAACUCCAAACCCGGGAGAAAAAGUUGCAGACGGGAGGACCAGAAACCAAGAAGAGGGAAGAGAAAAGUUUGCUUCCAGAAAUGAAGCAUCCUGCCAAAAUGUUCCUUCUUUGGGCUUUUGUGAUCGCUGUUCUACUCCUCGGGUGUGGAGCAGAAAUGUUCACCUCUCUGCAGAACGUCAAACAGGCGAUUAGUGUUGAACGGAAACUAAUGGAGAACUUGAAAACCUACAUUGAUCAGGAGCUGGAGAGACUGGAAGACAUCAAACGCUUUCAUGCCAAAGUGUCCAAUCUCCAUGCAGAACUUUAUAAUAGUCCGGCGGCCGCCAUGGCAAACCCACUGGUGUCCUACACACUCAUCAAGCGCCUGCGUUCAGAGUGGCUGAAUGUUGUCUACAGCAAUGAAGCCCUGGAGAACCUACAAGCCCUCAGGUCCAGCUACGAGGAGGAAGAGGCCGAUCUGCCCAAAACAGAAGAUCUCCAGGGGGCUGCAAAGGGGCUGAUGAGGCUACAAGAUGUGUACGCUCUCCAAGUUUCCAGUCUGGUCAGGGGACUUUUCCGGAGAGUCACUGAUGGAAAAGCGACAGAUGUUUACAUGCCUGUUGUGUCCAUCCUGUUGUCUGGUGAUGACUGUUUUCUGAUUGGAAAGGUGGCCUAUGAGCAAGAGGACUAUUAUCACUCUGUGCCGUGGUUGGAAGAGUCAGUUCGUCUCUUCAGACUAGCAGGAGGAAAGUGGAGCCCUGAGAAUGAAGGAACAUUAGAGGAUGCUCUGGAUCACCUGGCCUUCUCCCAUUUUAAAACAGGGAACAUCUCCUAUGCUCUGAGUCUGUCCCACGAGCUAUUGCACUACGAUCCAACCAAUGGAAGAGUUUUGCUGAACGUUGAGAAAUAUGAGAAUCUGCUUGUUGCUGCAGGUCCAACCAGAAGUGUUGGAUUGAGAAGACCUACCUCCACUUAUUUAAGCACCAGGGACACUUAUGAAAGACUCUGCCGAACCCAGGGCUCUCAGCCCAUCCAUUUUGAAAACCCCAGAUUAUACUGUGAUUACUUCACCAACAACAACCCAGCGCUCCUAUUGCUGCCAGUGAAACGAGAGGUGCUGAGUCUGCAGCCUUAUGUGGUGAUUUACCACAACUUCAUCACUGACAGAGAGGCUGAGGAGAUCAAGGGGUUUGCCCAGCCUGCAUUGAGGAGAUCUGUGGUGGCAUCCGGUGAAAAUCAAGCAACAGUAGAGUAUCGAAUCAGCAAGAGUGCAUGGUUGAAAGGAUCAGAGAGCUGCAUUGUUGGAAAGCUGGACCAGAGAAUCUCGAUGCUCACUGGUCUGAACGUGAGGCCUCCCUACGCCGAGUACCUUCAAGUGGUGAAUUAUGGAAUCGGAGGGCAUUACGAGCCUCACUUUGACCAUGCCACAUCGCCUUCCAGCCCGGUGUUCAAACUGAAAACGGGGAAUCGAGUGGCGACCUUCAUGAUUUACCUCAGCUCUGUUGAGGCUGGUGGGUCCACAGCUUUCAUCUAUGCCAACUUCAGUGUUCCCGUCCUGAAGAAAGCUGCCAUCUUCUGGUGGAACCUGCACAGGAAUGGUCGGGGUGAUGCGGAAACCCUGCAUGCUGGAUGUCCAGUGCUUAUUGGGGACAAAUGGGUGGCAAACAAAUGGGUCCAUGAGUACGGCCAGGAGUUUCAACAUCGCUGUAGCCUGAAUCCUGAAGAAUGAGGGGGUUAAGGCAAAUGUUGGGCCCCUCAGAGUAAAAGUCUUCCAUCAUGAGGCACGCAUAAAGGUGGAAGAAGAUGCCAGAAAGUGAGCACACAGACAGGGGAGGUGAGAGACACAAAAGGGGCAGUCUGCUCUUUGGAUGGGAGCCCCUGGCCCCGGGGAGCCCGGAGCCUGGAAGGUGCUACUGCAGUGUCCAUGGAAGAGUGGCCAAAAUUUAAGCUGAAAGGCUCCUACAUUCACACACUGAGCUGCCUUUACUUUGGACUGUUGAACUGAGGCCGAUUUGUAAAGUGAAAUGCGAAGCAACAUGGGGGGGCUUGCUCCCCAAAUGGAGUUUUAGGAUGCCGUCCAAAUUAUUUUAGCAAAUAAUCUGUUUUUAAAUUAGAUGUUAUUUGACAAGGGAGCAAAAGCCUAAAGAUAAAUAGAAACUUUUUAAAAAGCUUAAAAUUGCAGCCUCAUGUUUCUGCAUGACUAAUCAUUGACAGUAAAAGUAGAGCUGUCAUUCCUCACACACAGUGCAGCCUGAGUCAAGCUCAAUAUUCAAUGUGAUUGAGUGUUUUUUCCAAGCUGUAUGAACACUUGGGUCAUUUUUUAAAGUCCCACUCCUAACAGCAUUUGAGCUAUUUUCAAAGCAUCCCCCUCCCCAAUGGCUUUUUAAUUAUGAUUAUGCCGUUUUUAGCCCAAAGAAGAAAAAAAACGGUGUCGUUUUUGGGGGGUUAUUUUUAGACAUAGUUUCUGCAGUGUGGCAGUACUAAGUUCAUUAGAAAUUCGCCUCUGAUUGUGGGCAGGACUGUUGGCACUAAGUAAGCCUGUCCCCAUUUCCCAUCACCCAUUUGUCUACACUCUGUCCUGCUAGCUUACAUCCCCUUACAACCCCAAACUAACAUUACCAGUGCAAAAAGAUAAUACCAAUCAGAGCUAUCCGGCCUCACAGUUUUAAUCCGGAUUUGUUUAAAAGUGGAUGCAUCAGAAUGGAGCAGUGCAGGGAGUUUAUGGCCUGCCAAUUAUAGCUUCUACUUCACUUCUACAAGCUUUUUCCAAUGGCAUUUUCCUCUCCUUUGGAUUCACAAUAAUUUGAAUAAAGAAAUACUUAAAAAUGCAGUUUUAAUCCUAGUUUUCUUUAUCCUCCAUCAUGAGAAAAAUGACACAAAAACAUGUUAAAAACACCAAAAACGUGAUUUUCAUGAGUUAAAUGAGUUACCUGGAGCAAUUAAAUCAGCAUUUUAGCCUCAUAUUUAUCUUCAAACUGUCAUUAAAAGUUUUUAAAAUCUCUUUUAGAAUAAUUGAUCACAAUCUAAGCCAAUCUAGGCUUUUUGUGAAUAUCCUGCUGUUUGAAUGGCAGGUCUCUCAUAUGAUAAUACCUUUGAUUGCCCGCAGAGGCAUUUUUUCCGCCAGCUCAUCUAGUCUUCCCAAACACACACUGACAAUGUAUGAAAGAGUCUGGUUUUCCAGAUGGUUGCUGCACAUUCCUGUGUGCACACCUAACUGCAGGAGUGUGUGAUUUUCUUUACACCAUCCCUGGCCAUGUCAUUUUAAAACACUGUGUCAUUUACAAAAGACAGUUAUCAUUCAAAAUCUUGCUUUAUAGUUAUUUUCAAAAAUAGAUACAAAAGAACAUGUUGGCAACUUGUUUGGUGGAUGUGUUCCAUAAUAGUUCAGUGUCAAUGCACUCUGAAAAUCCAGUCUUGUAGCCUACUUUAAAUCUUGCUCGCCGGUAAAUAAUUUUGAUAUAAAUGCCCGAUGUUUAAGCGAAUGGACAACCGAUGAAAAAAUAAAAAUUGCAUACAAACCCAAGUCAAUAAAGAAACUUUGACAAA